UCUCCUGCCCUGUUGGGUCCUCCAUCUUCCUUCUCCAACACCUUUAUUUGGAAAGAUGAGGGAGAGACAGUGGGAGUCAUCCCCAGAGUAGGUGGAGUUUCCUGCAUUACAAAAGUCUGAAGCACUGUUGAUAUGAAGACAGAAGUCAUCCCAAGCUUUGCACAAGGUAACCAUCAACUUCGAGAUAUGUCUGAGAAACCCAAACUCACCUACCUUAAUGGCAGAGGACGGAUGGAAUGUAUACGGUGGUUGUUAGCCUCAGCCGGAGUUGAGUGUGAAGAAUCAUUUGUGGAAUCAAGAGAACAAUAUGAAAAACUAAUAAAUGAUGGGUGCUUGCUAUUUGGCCAACUGCCAUUAGUGGAGAUCGACGGAAUGAAGCUGGUCCAGACCAGAGCAAUUCUCAACUACAUUGCAGGGAAAUACAACCUCCAUGGGAAGAACCUGAAAGAAAGAGCACAAAUUGACAUGUUUGUGGAAGGGACGAUGGACUUAUUUGGAUUGAUUCUGAUGUAUCCCUUCUGCCCACCUGAGCAAAAGGAGAAGCAGGCUGCAUCAAUCGCUGAGAAGGCCACAACCAGGUUCUUUCCAGUCUACGAAAAGGCUCUGAAACAGCAUGGACAAGAGUUUCUUGUUGGAAAUUGCCUCAGUUUGGCAGACAUACAGCUGCUGGAAGCAAUUUUAGCCACAGAGGAGAUAAAAGCUGAUAUUCUUGCAAAGUUUCCUCAACUUCAGGUACUCUACUGUGACAAUGAUGUGGGAUCCACCUAUCCCCUGGUAUACGGUAAAGCAACUUUCAAAGCAAGAAUAAGCAAUAUUCCCAACAUUAAGAAGUUCCUGCAGCCUGGAAGUCUAAGGAAACCACCAGCGGAUGAUACGUAUGUAGCAACUGUGAAGAAGGUUUUCAAGAUGGAAUAAGAGCUGCAGGAGGCUGCUUGCUAGAAGGCAAAUGUUGCAUCACCUUACGCAAUUAAGUGACAUGAUUAUCUUUCAGGCUGAAAAUCAAUAGAAAGCAAUAUAGCGUGUCAAAUAAGUGUAAGUUGUUUUAAAGAACAAUAACUUCUAACAAUGAAA